AUGGAUGACACAGAAAGACGCACCGCGAAGCGAUCGCGCUUCGACCAGAAAGAACCAGAGCCAAAGAAGGCAUCACGAUUCGACAGACGGUCGCGUUCGCCGCCUGCCAGGAAAUCCGAGUCGAGACGCAGCAGAAGUCCCAUCGAUCGAAAGACGGAAAGCCCAGCGACCACGGCGGCCAAGAAGCCUGCAAUCGACCCUGCCGCUGCUGCAGCUGCCGCGGCUGCCAGAAUCAAUGCCCAAAUCCAAGCCAAGAAAGGCAUCCAGCACGUGGAUGUGCCUCCUAUUCAAGCAUCCCUCAAGUCUCCAGUGGCCCCGUCGCCAGUACCUGCUAGAGAUGGAGGGGCAAAAAACAGCGUCGCACAUGUAGACGGUGAGAUGUACAUGGACGAUGGCGAUUACAUCAAAGACAUUGUAAUAAAUGACUUGCGCAAUCGUUAUACACUGACCAAAGGAGAUACUCAAAAGAUGAUUAAAGAAGAAACCGGAGCUGAUAUCACCACCCGAGGAGAAUAUUAUCCAGACAAAAGCAUGUCCACGGCUGCAAAUCCACCACUCUUCCUACACGUCACGAGCACGACUAAGGCGGGCCUUGAUAAAGCGGUCUUGAAAAUUGAGGAACUAAUGCAGCAGGAGCUACCCAAUUUAGUAGACGAACGAAGAUUUCGACGAAGGGAGCCGGAUGCAGUUGAAAGAGAUGAGUUUGGUCGACGCAAAUGGCCCGAGGAGAAGAUUCCAAUUGACUUUGAACCUAUUCCGGGAUUCAAUCUUCGCGCUCAAGUUGUAGGUCACGGGGGCGCUUAUGUCAAGCAUAUCCAACAGGAAACCAGAUGCCGAGUUCAAAUCAAGGGAAGAGGAUCUGGUUUCAUGGAGCAUGGCACUGGCCAGGAGAGCAACGAGGAUAUGUAUUUGCAUGUCGCUGGCCCCGACCCUGCUGAGGUGCAGAAGGCAAAAGAGCUUUGUGAAGACCUAUUGCAAAAUGUCAGAAAUCAAUAUGAAGAAUUCAAGGCUAGGCCACCACCACAACGUGGAUACGGAGCACCAAGCACUGGUUAUGGAGGUGAGAGAGGUUAUGGUGAUCGAGCUCCUGAUAGAUCGAAUUCGUACGGAGGUGAUCGUGGUGGCUAUGGGGGUUAUAACAACUCUCCCGCCCCUCACACUCCUGGUGUAGCUUCUGUAAUGAGUCCAACUACCCAAUCUGCACCAGGUGCUGGCAGUCCUUCACAAGCCGACUACGCUGCUCAAUAUGCUCAAUAUUAUGCAAAUGGCCAAGACCCAUACGCUGCAUACGGUGGUUAUGCAGCAUAUGUUCAGUAUUAUCAACAAUACAUGGCAGCUGCUCAGGCCGCCCAACAAGCCGCACCACCCGGGGCUCCAGGAUCUGCUCCACCACCACCACCCAGCGAAGCACCACCGCCUCCUCCACCAAGCUCGGCCCCCGGCUAUAAUGCUGUGCCUCCACCUCCAGGAAUGUAG